AUGGCUUCCACUGAUGUCGGCACUGAAAAAGUAACAAGUGUAAAAAGAUAUUCUCAAAAACAUAAAAAACAUAUAAAUGUAAGUCGCCCUAAACUUAUUGCUCAAUAUAACCAGUACAUGGGUCUUUAUUCCACAACUGAUCUGAUGGAUCAAAAUAUGGCCACUUAUAGAUUUGGGGUGUUAGGUAAAAAAUGGUGGUGGCCAAUUUUUACUUGGCUAUUGGAAAUUCCAAUGAACAACAGUUGGACUUUGUACAAAAAAGCCAACUCUAAACAAAUUACCCAGUUGGAUUUCCGCCGUGACUUAGUGCUUACAUAUUUACAAAGAUAUGGGAUAGCUUGA